GGCCGCGGUGGCCGCUCUCAGGCUUCUCUCUGUCUGAACGUAACCAUUCCUUACUCAAUGCGAAGUUCUUCGAAAUGAUCUGACAACUGACAACACUGCUAAAUUGCUACUCAAUAAUGGCGUCUCCUCGACCCAAGUCGCCUCGAAUCCCAGUUUCUGCAAAUAAAGAAGAGAGUUUUUGGGAUAAAAUCGGAACGCUCGGACGAAAGAAACGCAUCAAGGAAGUGAAAGAAGUGCAAGAAGAAGGGAAAUAUGCGAUCGAUUCACCUGGAUAUGCUGCUAAUCCUGAUAUGCCACCAGAGGAAUAUGCUCUAGAGGAAAAUGAGGAACGUUCCAUGAUAGAGCCGAAAUCUUUAGAAGAUUCCAAACUACAAGAAUUGAUAUUUGUCUUGAUUGAAUGGAUCAAUGAUGAACUGGCUAUUCAGCGAAUUAUUGUAAAAGAUAUUGUUGAAGAUCUUUAUGACGGACAAGUGUUGCAGAAACUUUUAGAAAAACUGACUGGGGAGAAAUUGGACGUACCCGAGGUAACUCAAUCUGAGGAAGGACAAAAGCAAAAACUUGCUGUAGUCUUGUCAGCUGCUAAUCGUGUACUGGGUCGAUAUCCACCUUACAAAUGGAGCGUUGAGUCUGUACAUUCGAAAAAUAUUGUUGCAAUUUUGCACCUACUGGUUAGCUUAGCACGGCUUUUUCGUGCUCCUGUUAGAUUGCCAGAAAGAGUUGCUGUUCAAGUGGUCGUGGUACGUAAAAAAGAUGGUCAGUUGAUACACAGAACGAUAAAAGAAGAGUUAACUACAACAUAUGACGAUCUGGGUAUGCGUUGCGAACGUGAUGCAUUUGAUACUCUUUUCGACCAUGCACCUGACAAGUUGGCUGUUGUAAAGAAAUCACUGGUAACAUUUGUGAAUAAACAUUUAAGCAAAGUACAUUUGGAAGUAACAGAUCUGGAUACUCAAUUCCAUGAUGGAGUUUUCCUAAUUCUAUUGCUUGGCCUCUUGGAAGGUUUCUUUGUUCCAUUAGGUAGCUUUCAUUUGACACCAAAGACCAUUGACCAAAAAGUUCAUAAUGUUUCAUUUGCAUUUGAUAUUAUGAGAGAUAUUGGGUUACCAAAACCAAAAGCCCGUCCUGAAGAUAUUGUAAAUCUGGAUUUGAAAUCUACUCUUCGGGUGUUAUAUAAUCUCUUUACAAAGUAUAAGGGGAUAAAUUAGCGAAAUUGCAUUGAAUCAAUUUCACUAAUUAAUUUUAUAUGGAAGUUUAUUACUAAAUUUGAUGAUCUAAUUAGCCUAACGAUUGCGAUAUACAUAAUCUGCCAUUAUGUAUUUUAUUAAACUGCCAUUUUUAUUAAACUAGAGAUCUAUUUGUGAAAAUAGAUUUAUUAUAGAUUUUGAUUUUUUAGUUGUGCUUUUUACAUUUUAUGAAAUUAGAGUUUUUACAUUAAUAAGUAAUCAUGUAUAUUUUACACUUACUUUAAUAUGAUAAGUGAAAACGUAAAAAAAAAUGUAAAAAUUUAAAUACGGAACAGAAGAUUAUAUGUCUGUUAAGCUUUAAAUAACAUGCCUUUAUAUAUAUUAAAAUAUAAUAUAUUUAUAUAAAUAAUAUUUAUCACACACAAGUUUUGAAUUAUAAUGUGUUUAUUAAUAUGUUUAUUAUAAUGUUUAUUAAUAAAUACGUCAACCGUCA